GAGCUUUUCCAACUGAAACAAUUCCAUGACCUUCUACCGCUUGCCAGAGCCUGCUCCAGUAAGCUUCAGUUAUGUAACAGUGAUACAGUGAACAGCAGCCCUGAGGCUUCCAGCUGCUCCCUGCUUCUGGCAGAGUGCCUUUAGCCCCAGUUCCCUUAUUCAGAACACUAGCUCUGCUGUUUGCUUUACCAUCAAACGCGGGACCCACUUGUGCCCCAGGGCAGGCAGCCUUGUGGUACCUGGGUGCAGUGCCCUGCUGUCACUUCAUCCUUUGCCCUGAGUGGCAUCAGCAGCCUGGCACUGCCCAGCUUCAGCCACACCCACCCAGGGGCGAAGUGCAGGGCAAGGGUCAGGCAGCAAGUGGAAGGCAGCCAUGGAGUGCUUGACAGCUGCACGGCUCUGCAGCAUAACCAUCCUGCUGGGUGCUGCCCUCCUGCCUGCACCCACGGGCACCGAGGCUCUGGUUGACACCAAGCAGAAUAUGGCCACGGAGCAGAAUUUGGUGGAGGAAAUCAUCUUGGGCAUACGAGCUGUGGAGCCACCAGAAAACUCCCAAGAGGUGGAACCACAUAUCAAGGUCUUCUCCAGCAAUGGCUGGGCUCAGAUGGGACCGGAGGACCUCCACCACCUCCACCACUCCCAGGACACCAGGGAAGCUGAUGUUCACAGGCCACUCCAGAGGCUGUCUGUGAAGGUGCAGAGUGGCCCUGAGGAGGACCUCGACCACCUCUACCACCCCCUUGACAAUGCCAGGGAAGCUGAUGUCCACAGGCCACCCCAGAAGCUGUCCGUGAAGGUGCAGAGUGGCCCUGAGGAGGACCUCGACCACCUCUACCACCCCCCUGACAAUGCCAGGGAAGCUGAUGUCCACAGGCCACCCCAGAAGCUGUCUGUGAAGGUGCAGAGUGGCCCUGAGGAGGACCUCAACCACAUCCACCACAGCUGAGCUGGAGACAUGCAAGCUGUGAAAUGCAGGGUGGGAACCACCCCUGCAGCUUCCUGAGGGGACUUGUUGCUCUCCACACAUCCUUAAGUCCCCAUCAAUAAACCCAUUUAUCCUGUGU